UGCUGCCCCGUGGUCGACGGUUUCGUCAUCUUUCCGACUCUCCAAUCUUCUACAGAGCGGUCGUCCAAUCGCCAUGGACAUCCUCCACCGUUUCAAGAAGCCGGACGCUGGACCAAGAAACGACUCCCCAGAAGCUACACGCAUCUCGUCGUUGCAAGAGAAGAGCCACUCGGAUGGCGCACACUCGACAGACAUCCGUGCUGUCGCAUCGGAAGACAGCGAUCGCGACGAUGAGAUUGUGCACAAGGACAUGCAGCGCGGCAUUCAGAAGAUGGAGGGUGUAGCACAAGUAUGGCCACGAUGGGCGCUUUAUGCCACAUAUGUCGUCUGGAUCAUCUACUUCAUCGACGCCCUCGAAGGUCCCACGGGCUGGGCUUUGACUCCCUACGUGACCAGCGAGUUCCAGCUUCAUGGUCUCACAGCUCUGACUGGAGUCGUCGCAUCACUUGUCUCCGGCCUUGCGAGACUGCCAAUGGCAAAAAUCAUCGACAUAUGGGGCCGGCCGGAAGGGCUGGUCAUGUCGGUGAUUCUCAUGACGGUCGGCUCGAUCAUGAUGGCUGCUACCGAUAGUGUGGAGAUGUAUGCGGCUGCGGAGGUGUUUAGUCAGACUGGCGGCAAUUGUCGCAACUACAUCCUCGGCGUCCUCCUCGCCGACACAUCCCAACUCAAGAACCGUGGCUUGAUUCUCGCCUACAUCGCCUCGCCAUACCUUAUCACGACCUUCGUCUCCGGCUUCUUUGCGCAAGCCAUGCUGGACGGCGCAGGCUGGAGAUGGGCAUUCGGUAUCUUCUCCAUUCUCCAUCCGGUUCUCAACACCCCUCUCAUCCUCCUGUUGCUGUGGUAUCAGCGCAAAGCGAUCGGAAUGGGUCUCGUUCCGGCACAAAGUGCAGGACGAAGCGUCUGGCAGUCCGUCAAAUACUACGCCAUCGAGUUUGAUGUUCUCGGAUUGCUUCUACUCGUAGCUGGCUUUGCCAUCUUCCUCCUCCCGUUCAACAUUUACUCUUAUCAGGGUGCUACCCUCAGGGAACAGUGGACGUCGCCGCUUGUCUUGUCGAUGAUCAUCGUCGGGCUGUUCAUCAUCCUCGCAUUUGCGCUGUACGAGUGGAAGUUUGCGCCAGUGCAGAUCAUCCCCUUCCACCUCCUCCGCGACCGCACCAUCCUCGGAGCCUGCUUCCUCGCCGCCAUUCUCUUCGUAGAAUUCUACAUCUGGAACUCCUUCUUCAGCUCUUUCCUCCAAGUCGUGCCCGCCUUGGACCUCGCCCGCUCGGGCUACGUUCAGAAUAUCUACAGCAUGGGAUCUUGUUCGUGGUCUUUCGUCGCGGGCUUGAUCGUGCGGUACUACGGCGACUCAAAGUGGCAGUGUCUCUUCUUCGGCAUGCCCAUGACGCUGCUGGGUGUCGCGUUAAUGAUCGUCUUUCGUCAGCCGGAGGUUAACAUUGGAUACAUUGUCAUGUGCCAAAUCUUCAUCGCCUUCGGCGGCGGCACCCUCGUCAUCGGCCAGCAAGUCAUCGCCAUGGCCGCCACGACCCACCAAUACAUCGCCAUCGUACUCGCCCUCCUCGCCGUCUUCAACGCCAUCGGCGGAGCCAUCGGCAACACCAUCGCCAGCGCCGUCUGGACGGGAACCUUCUACGCCGAUCUCGCCAAGCACCUCCCAGCAGAGACGUUGGCCAACGCGACGGCCAUUGGGGCUAGUCUGGAGACUCAGCUCAGUUAUCCUGUUGGCGAUCCGACGAGAGUUGCGAUUCAGAUUGCGUAUGGGAAUGCGCAGAGGUAUAUGCUUAUUACGGCGACGGCGAUCACGGUGCUGGGAUUCCCGGCUGUGAUGAUGUGGCGGGGAAUUGAUGCGAGGGAGAGGAAGCAGGUUAAGGGACGGGUGUUUUGA